AUGUUGGCUCUACUGGGUGGAUCUGCACGCAAUGAGGGCCGGAGUGAUGGGAAAGUGGAGGACAAACUGUCAGACCAUCUUCCCUCACUGGUUGCCAUGCUUGUCCUACCUGCAGAUGCCGCACUGUCAGCACAGCAGAAUGCUGAAUUGAUGGCUUCCAUCCUUCAGUCACUGUGUGACCAGGACGUGUCACUGGUCGUGAGCGGCUCGGGUGAAGCCUCGGUGUCUGAGGCAGAGCAGCUAGCCAACGCACUGCCGACCAGAGACAUGAUGACGUGUAUAUGUGACGGGAUGCUGGAAGUGUUGGGAAAUACACACAGCAGCUACACACUCCAGCUCACAUGUAUGCGAACCAUGAUGUUUCUCACUGAGCACGACUAUGGUCUCUAUCACCUGAAAAGCUCUCUGAAGAAACACAGCUUGGCCAUUUCCUCUCUGAUCCGCAGGGAAACCACGUCCUUUAACAAGGAGUUAACUGAGCUCCUUUCAGCCCUGUUUGACUUUUUGAGACAGAUUCUGAACAGUGAAGCCAUGGAUGAAGACAUAGACAGUCGCUCUUUAGCUCUUAGUGUGAGCGACAUGAAGCAGCUGCUGCAGUGGAAGGAGGACUCAGGGGAACAUCCUUUAUCAGAACUGGAGAAACACAUCAUGAAGCUCUGUAAGGAGGAUGAGUCUUUGGAGACUCUGCUCGAGAAUGUGGCUGGACUGCGACAGAUU